UCAUCUUGUUACUCCACCCCCUCCUCCAUCCAUCCAUCCCUUCCCCCCGCCGCUGGCGUCCAUACACCGACCGGAGCGCAGACUCUCUUGUUGUCAGUCACUCUCCCAGCGAACAGACGGCAGCGGCGGGAGGAGGAGGAGGCGACGGUAAUCCCCCCCCCUCCAUCAUCCACCCCAGUGCAAGCACCCCACCCGUCUCACUAAACCCAGGAACCGGAGGCAGGAGGGGAACAAAACCUCUCGGGGCACCUGUGAUGCUGGACACCCCACCUCCCCCCUUUUCUGGGGCUCUAACAUGUGAAGUCACACCCAGACUGUGGAGGAUGUUGGGAAGCUGGGAUGUAGAAGCGGAAACAAGCGGCCAAAUCUGAGACAGAGAGGCACCAGCAUCAGGACCAGCAGCAGCAGCAUCAGGACCAGCAGCAGCAGCAUCAGGACCAGUCGGCGGAUGGAGAUGCGUUGUGAAGGCGGAGGAAUCAUGGUGAUAUAGCAGGUGCUGCAGGCUUGUGCCGCAUUGCCUGGCCGCCGAGAGCGACGCCGGGGAAGACGGUGAUGCUGUCGUCGUCAUUGUGCCACAGGAAGAGCGAGAACGCGAGGAGAGGCUCUGACAUGGAGGGAAGCGGCUGUCUGUCGGCCUCGGGCCGCCCGCACCAGCAGGUUGGAUGCACUGAAGCCUGAAGCCUCCAGGACCCGAUUCAUGAUCUAAAAGCAUCCGGAUAAAGUUGAAUUCUCUGAGGUGGAAAUGAAAUGCGUCCGUGCGUAAAAGUGGCCGCUGGCCCAUAUGUUGAUAAUGCAUCGCAGGAGCAUCAUAGCAGCAGCAUCUGUGGCAGUUCAGGGUGGAUUACAGAGCAGCAGGCCUCCAUCUGAAGUCAGCGUCUGAUCCGGGAGCAGAACCUCCGCACACGCUUCUUCUCCCUGUUGCUGCAGGAAGCCGUUGGGUCGUCUCGCUGGAAGCUGGUGCGCUGUGGUCCCCCGCGGAGGGACAGCUGUUGCAGAGGAUGACUCACCUGCAGGCUGGCCUCUCUCCGGAGACCCUGGAGAAGGCCAAGGUGGAGCUGAAGGAGAACCCGGAGACUUUGCACCAGGACAUCCAGGAGGUCCGGGACAUGAUCAUCACCCGGCCGGACAUCGGCUUCCUCAGGACAGACGACGCGUUCAUCCUCAGGUUCCUGCGGGCGCGGAAGUUCAACCACUUCGAGGCGUUCCGGCUGCUGGCUCAGUAUUUCGAGUACCGGCAGCAGAACCUGGACAUGUUCAAGAACCUGAAAGCCACGGACCCGGGCAUCAAGCAGGCCCUGAAGGACGGGUUCCCCGGGGUGCUGUCCAACCUGGACAGAUACGGCAGGAAAAUAAUGGUCCUGUUCGCAGCCAACUGGGACCAGAGCAGAUACACGUUUGUGGACAUUCUGAGGGCGAUCCUGCUCUCACUGGAAUCUAUGAUCGAAGAUCCAGAGCUGCAGGUCAACGGCUUCAUCCUCAUCAUCGACUGGAGCAACUUCACCUUCAAGCAGGCGUCCAAGCUGACUCCCAGCAUGUUGCGUCUGGCCAUCGAGGGGCUGCAGGACAGUUUUCCUGCCAGAUUUGGAGGAAUCCACUUUGUGAACCAGCCGUGGUACAUCCACGCUCUGUACACGGUCAUCAGACCCUUCCUCAAAGACAAGACCAGGAAGAGGAUCUUCAUGCACGGCAACAACCUGAACAGCCUCCAUCUGCUGAUCCACCCUGAGAUCCUACCGUCGGAGCUCGGCGGUAUGAUGCCGCCGUACGAUAUGGGCACGUGGGCGCGAGCGCUGCUGGACCACGCCUACGACGAGGAGACGGACUACUGUCCGGAGUCGUACACCCUGUCGGUGCAAGACCUGGAGAGAGACCUGGAGAAGAACCUGUCCCCGAAAACCAUGAAGAGGUCUCAGUCGGUGGUGGAGCCCGGCGUCCUGAAACGACCGGACAAAGUCAAGAGCGAAGAGGACAACAUGCAGCCGCUGCUCUCGCUGGACUAAACCACACAUUUACAGCUCAACAAAAAAAUAUACCCCCCUACAUCAGUAUUCACACACACUGAUACUCCACCAGACUUACCUGUGCACACACUGGAAGCGACACAGAAAACGCCGCCGCUGCCGCCGCUGCUGCCGCUGCUGCUGGAUUCUUUUUCCUCUUGAACUCGAAGGAGACAAGCGGCCGGAGACCAGUCGGACGUUGUCUCAGACCGAUGGCGUCCUAAGAGCUACUGAUGGUGUUCUACAUAUUUAUUUAUUUAGUUAUUUGUCAAGUGCCAAUUCCCAAAAACUGUAAAUUAACGUCUUUGAACAGUCCAGCCCCUCGGUGCGGACUGGGGGGGGCAUUUGUUGCCACACGUGUGUAGACAACACGAUCUCCUGCAGUUGUACAGUAUAUUAGUGAUGAGGGAAGUGGAAAGUGGAAAUCAGACUUCAAAAGGAAGCUCGGGGGUUCGAUUCCCAGGCUGCUGUUUUUUUUUUUUCCUCCUUCUUUGUACAGUGAUUUGAAGAAAACGCCUCGUUGGGGCGCGGAGCACGGCUCAGGAUAACGAGUUUGUUCAACCUCCUGGACCCAAACUGGCCACCAGGCGGGUGGUUUACUGGGAGUUGACUCAACAGUGAGGUUGUUGUAAAAAAAACAAAAUGUCCGAACCCUCAGCCUCACUCCCGUUGUCUCUCUAAAAGCAAACACCCCUUUACAGUCAGUCGGUUCCAUACGAAUCAUCCGCUUCUUCCUUUUUGGCCAUUUUCUCCACAUGAGCAGUAUUUAUUCUUUCAUUUGGAAAAAGUUACAGCUUCCGACUCGUUUUGAAACAGCGAUGAAGUAUUUGUUUGGCUGACGACGACCAAAACAUUUAUUUUCGUGUCCAACCAAAUAAAUGCGGCUACAUUUUAUUUUACGGGAGCAGCGAAAGGGCAAACACGUCACCCUGUUGCUUUGUGAUGACUUUCUUCUAUUUUCAGCAAUAAUGAUUCUCUGAGGUCUUUUCCUUUUGACGGGAGUUGAUUUACGUUUGUUAUAAGAUGUUAUAAGAUUUAAAGAAUAUGCCAGUAAAGGGCCGUUGUGGUAUUUAACAUUGUUUUGCAUGUUUUAGACCAUUUAAAUCACAUGUAAAUUAUUUUCUAACACACACACACGUAGAUAGAAUUCUUUUUUGCCUCAUUCUGGGCUGCAAUGCACUUUCUUAGUAUUUAUUUAAGGACGUUUCUGGUGUUAUGCAGUUAAAAAUGAACAGUAUUAAUUUGCAGUUUGACUCAGAGGACGACCCUCUAGCUUUUCCUCAUGUCCAGCUACCGAUUGAAAGACGUGAUUGAAGGUUUUAGCAUUCACGUGCUAUUUUGUUCCUUGGACGCUUUCAGGUGGAGCGUGGAGUUCGUGACCACUAGUGGCGCUAUGGAGCAGUGUUUUUACGAAUGGGUCACCCUUUUGUUUGUGUCAUGCACGACGGCAUGAGGCAGUUUUAAUUGACGUUCGUGCCACUUUAAUAAUAUUCCACUGAUCCACAGUCGCCGAUAGUAACACAGUUAGUUGUAGUAACGCACUGAUUGACGAACGUCCCUCAGUGGAACUCAUACCUCCACCAACAGGCCCCUGAUAUUCAAUCAGAGUUCACACACUCACAGAUGUUGUGUUCUUGAUCCAUGUCCCAAACUUUCACUGAGUUUUGUGGGGAAUCCAUUUGAUGGUUUUUGUGUAACCUUGCUGAAAACGAAACAAACAAAGUAAUUCCAGGGGCGACGACACACAAGCUGCUUGGCAGAGAUAACAUCCGGUUUGGAGAAUGAGGAAAGAAAAGCAGUCGUUUGUUCGACCUGAAGGAAAAACAUAAUGUGAUUUGAAGAAAAACACUGAAUGUGAACAUAAAUAAUGUUUGUUUACAAGAAAACUACACACACACACACACACACACACACACACACACACACACACACACACACACACACACACACACACACACGUUACAGUCUGAAAGGUCUCCUGACAUGUGAACACACCAGACCUGCAGAUCAAUAGCGUCAUUAAUUAACAUUUACAAAGUGAGUUUGUGGUGAAGCUGAUGGAUCUGAGGCAGCAGUGACGUUAACAGCUUCAUUAAUACAAACUAAGAUCCCGUCUCAGCCCUGAUCAGGUGUUUUAAAUACACGUUGAGUUUAAUUUGAAAGGUUUUUAUUCUACAUAUUUAAAGUAUUUUAUUAUAAUCACAGUUUGGUUUAAAUUCAGCAGUUAUACGAGCUGCUGCUGAGGUGGAGAUGCAGUCGGAUAUUUCAAAUGACAGAGCCACUAUUCACUCCACUCACUGAAAUACUUGUCCAUGUGAAACUAAAGGAGUUUGACAUAGUUUAUUUUCUACCAAAUCAACCGAUCACCGCAGGGUUUAUGUUGCCGAGCAAGCGCCUGUUGAGGAGGCGGCCGGGCGAGGCUGGCAAACAGACAGCCGAGCCGAGCGCCGAGAGGCCGGCGGCCACGUGGCGUGAGGUGGCCGGCCUCGACGAGAGCAGACAGCUGGAAUGUUAAACUAUCACACCAGCGUGCAUGACACGUCGGCCUCGCUCACAACAGCUCGGAGGCUCCGUGCAGAGCGGAGUUGGACCUCGGUGGUUUUCACUGUGGCUCAGUGUGACGUGUCAGAGAUGAGAGUGUUUUAUUCAGAAUGUGAUCAGUGCAGGAAACCAGCUCCUGUUAUGACUGUUUACUCUUAUUCUGAAUUAUCCCCUUGCUGUGACCCGAGCGUCGUUAGCUGCCGUUGCUACAUGCCUCAAACCUGCAGAGAUUCCAGUGGCACAUUUACGACUUCUCAGUAAAACACUGGUUG